AACUUACGUUUAAAUUACACACCCUUGCCAAAUCUCAACCUCAUUACACAAACCUCGAACUAAACAAAAUAGCUAUAGCUUUAGCUAGCCAUGGUGGCCAAUACCCUCAAGCUCAGCUCCAUUAUUCUGAUCACCUUCAUCAUCUUUCUAGCUCUCUAUCCCCAAAAGGUCCUCUCAACAGAUACACAAGAUACAGAAGAUGAAGAAGAAUACGUUCUUGAUGAUGACAGUGACACACCAUUGUUCUCUCACUUGAGAACACGAAGCAGGUUCUUGGCCAGCAAGAUCAUUAUAAAGAAAGGCAGACGCUGUGAUAAUUCCAGUGUUGCUCACAAUAUCUGCAAUGGGAUAGCACCAAGCAAAGGGACGGGCAUGCUUUUCUGCUGCAAGAAGCAUUGUCGCAAUGUUCUUAGCGACAAGAACAACUGUGGACAAUGUGGUCAUAAGUGUAACCAAGGAGACCGAUGCUGCAAUGGGAUUUGCACCAACGUGUUCUUCAAUGAUGGAAGCCAUUGUGGCAAGUGUAACAAGAAGUGUUCUCUUGGGGUUUCUUGUGAGAAUGGUUUCUGUGGGUAUGCCUGAAAUUUAACAACACAAAAGUUUGUUUAAAUUAUUCGAAGGUUAGGGUUUCCAUACACUUUCAACUCUAUUGAUCAGUUUUGAAAUGUUACAAGGGUUACAUGAAAUCUCAAUGUUUCACCAUUGUGUUGCAUGCUAUAAUUUUUUCCCGCAUAAUUCAAAGUACUAUAUUGCGUGAUAAAGAGGUACUGGGGAAGAAGGAAAGGGUUGGGUUCAAUAAUUGAAUAAAGUGAUCUAGUUGAUUUGGUUU